AUGAGUAGGUUGGACGGGAAGGUGAAGAAAGUCAAGGAUAAUACGGCGACCAGUGGCUUUGUCGCGCGCGCCAGGUCCGAGUGGGAGAAGGUUAAAUACCCUUUGAAGGAAAGUACUAUUUUGAAACUUCGAGACCUUCUUCAAGAACAGAAAUUGGAUCUGGUUCUCAUCCUCAUUGGUUUGAAUAUUGAUACAUCUUCUGUUAAAACAGAGACCCUCGCUCAGCACAUGUCUCAGUUAUCGUGUAAUAUCUCUCAAAUCCGGGCCGAUGUGGGAGAGAACAAGAAUAUUUUAGAAGCAUCGGUACAAGACCUGAAGCACAAAGAGAUCCUCAGAUGGCUCUAUGGUCAAGAUCCAUUUACGCUCUACCAUUCACGGGAGUCUAGGAGAUAUCCAGGGACCUGUCAAUGGUUUCUCAAGAAUCAGGAAUACCUGCGAUGGAGAUCUGCAGGGUCACUGCUGUGGGUGAAGGGUGAGGUUGGUUGCGGGAAGUCAUUUCUAUGCUCUGCAGUAAUCGAACACUUGCAAACCUACUUUGCAGCACAGUCUGACAAUAUGCUUCUACAUUUCUUCUUCUCAUUCGCUGAUGCUCAUCGGCCAAAUCCGCUUCUGUGCCUCUCGUCCCUAUUAAGGCAAAUGUGUUUGAAUGAACGAGUCCUCCAUAUUGUUGAGGAAUUGUACGAAAGGUUCAACGGAUACACAGGAAGCAGAGCUCCGGGUUAUCACGACAUUGAACUCGCAAUGGAUUCGGCCAUUGCAUGCUUGGAAGGAUGCAAAGAGAUAUAUAUCGUCUUUGACGCUCUCGAUGAAUUACCUAAUGAUCCCGACGAGUACCAAAGGAGUCAUAUUCUGAAUUGGAUCAGGGCAACUUCUACCCGCUAUCGGCACGUACACAUCCUAUUUACGAGUCGAAGUAACUCUAGCUCUCGAGAUGUUGAGGAUUUUGCAAUUACCAUCCCGUCAAUACGCAUCGUUACCAUAGACGCGAUGAGCAAUCGUCACGACAUGUUUUUGUACCUCGAAGCGCAGUUUAAGGAAAGCCGCGUCCUGAACAUGGUGUCUGGCCAUUCUCUCUCAAAAACCCUCAACGAUAUGAUCAGUUUGUCUGAUGGAAUGUUUCUUUGGGUCCACCUUCAGAUGGUAGAGCUCACGAAACUACCUACGCCCAGACUGAAAGACAUCGACCGUAUUUUGAAAUCUAUGCCACCGAGACUAGACGAUACAUAUAUCCGAAUACUACAGAGUAUACAUUACUUGCUUUCAAAAGAAGCAGCAAGGGCCCUUCUAUGGCUUUCACUUUCCCUUCGGCCGCUCCACCUAGUCGAAGUCAACGAGAGCUGUAUUAUCGUGCCGCAGAAUAAGCCAGCUAUAGCAGAAGAAGACAGACUGGGAGGAGAAGGGAUUUUGCCGUGCUUAUCUGGACUUGUCCGCCGGACUGGAAUUGAUAAUAACUACGUGGCUCUAUCCCAUUUCUCAGUCAAAGAGUUUCUUACUUCUGAGGCUCUCAAACGUAGCCCAUGUUCAUCAUAUGGGUUUCGCGAUAAUUUAGCGCAUGCUUGGAUUGCGGAAAGCUGCGUUGCAUAUAUCAAUUAUUGUUAUUGCAGUGAAAAUCGAACAGGUACAAGAAAAGAUCUCGAACAGUUUCCGCUUCUUGAAUAUGCAUGCCGCUAUUGGUUCGAGCAUAUGAUUUCAGCUGGAAAGCAAGAGCAAACAGAACUGGAUUCUUUGGCAUCCAACUUACUACAGUCUGGCGAGAAGUGGACAUAUGUCACAUUGAUAUAUAACCACAUGAUUCCUGAUAUACCCUUUAGUUGCGCCCAUCGACGAUGGACUCUUCGUACCCCUCUGGGAUGGGCAGCUGCUCUGGGUCUUGAGUCAGUGGUCCGCCUUCUAUUAUCUCAGAGGCAAAGUGAUCUUGAUGCGAUACAAGAUAUCAAGCUCAAGCCUACAAAGUGUUUCCAAGUAGAGAACGCGUGUGGUGAAUGCACAGCGUUCAGAGUUUCUUACCCCACUCGCGGUACAGCGCUUGUGAAAGCCAUAGAGUUCGGACAUACAUCGAUAGCACGGCUUCUCAUUGAAAAGGGUGCUAAUAUAAAUUUGUGUGGAGAAUUUGGUGGUACCGCUUUGUCAGUUGCAUGCAGACUCCGAAACGGCGAUCUGGUCCAAUAUCUUUUGGACAGUGGUGCCAGUCCAUCUGAUGGUCUAAUGGACGCAGUACGUGAAUGUUCCUGGUCAAUUUGCCAACAAUUAUUGGACGCUGGAGCCGCGGCCAAUGAGCAAAUAGAGGGAGAGAUGCCGUUGAUUGUGGCAGCUUCAAUGGGCUAUAAUCGGGUUUGCCAAGUUCUUCUGGACUUCGGUGCAGAUGUCAAUCGACUGAUAGAGGUCGAUGAUCCUACUGAUGCAACUGAUGCACUGACAGCAGCUACUAUGCAUGGCAAGAUCCAGAUAGUGAAGCUACUUCUCUCUAAGGGAGCUCAUGUCAGGGGUAGCGCUUUGGCGUACUCUCUAACUGGACUGGAAGAUGGGCCUUUUGAUGAACACCGUGAAAUAUGUAACAUUCUGGUCCAGCAUGGGAACGACAUGAAUCCAGAUCUUGGGGGUUCCCAUAACACACCGCUCGCUAUGGCGCUCUCUAAUGGCUGGUUAGAUAUUGCCAGAUGCAUGAUCAGCAAGGGUGCCCGAGUUGAGCCUGGUGAUCCCACCUGCCUUUUAGCGGGUAAUAUUUUGGUCGAAGCAGUUUUUAGCGUCGAUAUGACUCGUACAAUCCUGGAUAUUGGUGUUGCAGCUGAUUCUCCAAUCGCAGCUGUUAAACCGUGGGCUUGGGAGAUGGAUGACGAUGCCUGCAAUUUCACUACAGCUCUCCAAGCUGCAGCAUACCAUGGACAUGUUGAUACUGUGAAGGUUUUACUCGCGAAUGGUGCUAAUCCAAACAUCCGUGGACCACCAUACGGAAGCACCUUGUUUUCUCUUUUUGCAGGAGCCUGUUAUGCCAUAGAAAACGUCUGGCUCAAGCCAAAUGGAGAGGCAGAGAGAGAAGCAUAUGAUCAAUCUGUGAGAGAAAAGACAGUCAGAAUUUACGAAAUUCUGCAGGAGCGAGGUGUCCAAAAUAUUAUUCCAUGGGGCUCACUGGAUUACGAUGCAUUUCGCAUGUGCAUACGCGGGAUUAAAUAUUCAUCAAUCAGGACUGGUAUAACUGCGCCUCGCCCCAUCAACCAGAGAACUUUUGCCAAACUUUCCGGAGGAACAUUUCGGCGAGUCGUGCGCAGUUAG